AAACACUUUUAACUCAAUGGAACUAUCCAGAAGAAGAAUGCAGUCGGCGACUAAAAUCAAUGAAUUUGUACCUCUACACUCUUUAUUACAACCAUACGUUUUCCAUAUACUGACAACACACGACUGCUAUGAAGACUGUGUUCGUUACUGUGGGGACGACGAGUUUCGAUGACCUGAUAGCCAGUGUGAUUUCGCAGGACGCUGUUCAGGCUUUAGUAGCCCGCGGUUAUGAGGAGCUGGUGCUGCAGGUGGGGCGCGGUUCCAUUCUGCCCGGUCCAGACAGCUGUCCCGGGCUGACCCUCCAGGCUUUCCGGUUCAAGGACUCCAUUGCAGGCGAUAUUCAGCGGGCCGAUUUGGUUAUCAGCCAUGCAGGAGCAGGAAGCUGUCUGGAGGCCCUGGGAGCUGGACGGCCCCUUCUUGUGGUGGUCAACGACCGGCUGAUGGACAAUCACCAGCUGGAGCUGGCCCGCAAGUUGCAUGCAGACUCUCAUUUGCUGUACUGCACCUGCAGGUCAGUGUCCACUAGGGCGGCGCUCAACACACGAGCCUACUGCAUCUGCACAGACACAGAGAGCUUCCACAUGGGGUUGCAGGGUUAGUAAUUUACUCAAAUGUAUAGCUAGAAAUAUUUUCUGGGGUAGUUAAUAUUGGAAAUUUUAAAAUUAGUUUCAUCCUUGGGGUAGUUAGUGUUCUUUGUUGUACCAGUUAAUGGUGUCUUGAUGGGGUAUUUGCCAAAGUAACAGUUUGCCUAUGAAAGAGCUACUGUUUCCACAGGCUUAUAUUACUAAAAUCCCUGCUGGAUUUCGGUGGCCUCUGUGUUUUUGUCAUAGUUCAGGUAGUUCAGUCUAGGUUCCGCAAGUACUUCACAUGGCCAGCUUGAGAUGUAGAUGUACUUCACAUGGCCAGCUUGAGAUGUAGAUGUACUUCACAUGGCCAGCUUGAGAUGUAGAUGUACUUCACAUGGCCAGCUUGAGAUGUAGAUGUA